AACUUAUAUAGACACUCACAAAUUGCAAUAUACAACUCACUUAGCACCCAUUACCUCUUCCUUCAGUCAGCAACCAUGGCCUUUUCUCACACCCUGGAACCAUCUUCUCCGCCUCUAGUGUUCUCAGUUAGGAGGAGAGAACCAGAGCUGGUGGCUCCGGCCGUGUCCACACCCCAUGAAACCAAGCAUCUAUCUGACAUAGAUGACCAAGCUGGUCUUCGUGCCAAUGUUCCCAUCAUACAAUUCUACCGUAACGAGCCAUCAAUGGCAGGGAAAGACCCUGUUGACAUCAUAAGGAACGCGGUCGCGAAAGCGCUCGUGUUCUACUACCCGCUCGCCGGUAGGCUCAGGGAAGCUGCUGGUGGGAAUCUCGUGGUGGAUUGUAACGAGGAGGGGGUGAUGUUCAUCGAGGCUGAUGCUGACAUCACGUUUGAACAAUUUGGUGACACUCUGAAACCUCCUUUCCCGUGCUUCCAAGAACUGCUUCAUGAAGCUCCAGGAUCAGAAGGUGUUGUUAUAAAUAGUCCAAUUAUACUGAUACAGGUCACUCGGCUUAAGUGCGGCGGUUUCAUCUUUGCUCUCCGCUUUAACCAUGUCAUGACAGACGGAGCCGGCAUAGUUCACUUCAUGUACGCCGUGGUAGAAAUAGCCCGAGGCGCAAAUGAACCAUCAAUCCUCCCCGUCUGGCAGAGGGAGCUCCUCCAUGCGAGGGACCCACCACGCGUCACACACAACCACCGUGAAUACGAACAGCUAACCGACGACACAAUCACCGACCCCAUCCUCACCGGAACAGACUUCGUGCAACAAUCCUUCUUCUUCGGACCCGCCGAAAUAGCCGCCAUUCGCCGCCACCUCCCGCACCACCUUGACACUGAGUCCACCACAUACGAGGUCCUCACAUCAUACAUCUGGCGUUGCCGCACCAAAGCUUUACAGUUAGACCCGAGCCAAGAGGUUCGAAUGAUGUGCAUAACCGACGCGCGUGGGAAGUUCAACCCUCCUUUCCCAACCGGUUACUACGGUAACUGUUUCGCGUUCCCUGCGGCGGUUGCCACGGCGGGGGAGCUUUGUGAGAAGCCGCUGGAGCAUGCGGUGAGGCUGAUUAAGAAAGCGAGCGGUGAGAUGAGCGAGGAGUACAUGCACUCUCUGGCGGAUCUGAUGGUGACUGAGGGAAAGCCCUUGUUUACUGUUGUGAGGUCAUGUGUGGUGUUGGACACGACGUAUGCUGGGUUUAGAGAGCUGGAUUUUGGGUGGGGCAAGGCGGUGUAUGGUGGGCUUGCUCAGGCUGGGGCAGGGGCUUUUCCAGCGGUGAACUUUCACGUGCCGAGUCAGAAUGCGCAGGGAGAGGAAGGGAUUUUGGUUUUGGUUUGCUUGCCUGCUAAGAUUAUGAGUGUGUUUGCCAAGGAGUUGGAUGACAUGCAUGCUUGACAGCAGCAAAAGAGCUAGAGUGGGUGGCCCUUUGAUCUACUUAAUUAUAAUUAAGUUGUUAUGUUUCAUGGGCAUGCCAUGAAUGCGUCGUGGCUUUUAUUUAAUGUAAGAGGAUAUUGUCUUUAUAUAUGCAAUAAUACAACAAUGAUAUAUACACACCUCUUUUUUAUGCA